UUAUAUUUCUGUUGGUUGCGCAGACAGCUGGGCGAUUUUGAACCGUGUCCAUCUGCUCUAUCACCUUUUUUAAUCCGUUACAUUGAGACCCCGUCCCACAGUGAGCUCCCCGUGUUUCAAAAACGCGUUUCCUCUCGGUCCUCUACGGACGGCAGGCCGCCUUCGCUAAGUUUGUCCCCGUGGACCUUCCGUGGCGAUGGGAGAGAACAUGUCCAAGAGGCUCAGACUGGUGACGGCCUCCGAGGCGGAGAUGGAAGAGCGAUCUUUCACAAAUCCGUUCCCGGAAUGGGACCAAGGCGUCUUCACAGCCGCCAACUCGCCUUCGGAUGGCGGUGGCAGCACUGAGCCCUUCGAUGGGAACGGAAAGGUCAGCGAGGCCUUUAAGAAGAAGGUACAGAACAAGAUCAAAGAUCUAUUGCAGCAGAUGGAAGAGGGCCUGAAAACUGCUGAUCCACAUGACUUCUCAGCCUACACUGGUUGGACAGGAAUAGCACUGUUGUACCUGCAGCUGCAUCGCGUCACUGGAGAGUCGUCCCACCUGCAGCGUGCACUGGACUACGUCAAGAGGACAUUGCGUAACCUGAACGGUCGCCGCGUGACCUUCCUGUGUGGCGAUGCAGGCCCGUUGGCCGUGGGGGCUGUCGUGCACCACAAGCUGAAGAACCAGGCUGAGUCGCAGGAGUGCCUCACUAGGCUUCUUCAGCUGCAGCGCUCUGUGGUCAGCUCCGACUCUGACAUCCCGGAUGAGCUGCUCUAUGGCCGGGCAGGGUACCUGUACGCACUCCUCUACGUUAACAAGGAGAUCGGCCCUAACACCGUGGAUGAUGCAGUCAUUGCCAAGGUGGUAGGAGCCAUCCUGGAGUCGGGGAAGAACUUGUCCAAGGAAGAGAAGAAGACGGAGCGCUGCCCGCUGCUCUACGAGUGGCACAAGAAGCAGUACGUGGGCGCGGCACAUGGCUUAGCGGGCAUCUACUACAUGCUCAUGCAGCCGGGUGCCAAGGUGAGCCAGGAGGUCCUGACCGAGCUGGUGAGGCCCAGCGUCGACUACGUACGCCACAAGAAAUUUCGCUCGGGGAACUACCCAUCGUCGCUGAGCAAUGAGACUGACCGGCUAGUGCACUGGUGUCACGGCGCGCCGGGCGUGGUUCACGUGCUGCUCAUGGCCCACAAGGUGUUCAAGGAGGAGAAGUACCUCAAGGAUGCCGUGGACUGUGGGGAGGUUAUUUGGCAGAGAGGACUGCUCCGCAAGGGCUACGGCAUCUGCCACGGCACAGCGGGCAAUGGCUACUCCUUCCUCUCUCUAUACCAUGCGACGCAGGAAAAGAAGUACCUGUAUCGGGCCUGCAAGUUUGCAGAAUGGUGUUUGGACUACGGGACGCAUGGAUGUCGCAUUCCAGACAGACCAUAUUCUUUGUUCGAAGGAAUGGCUGGUGCUAUUCACUAUCUCUCAGAUGUGGUGCAACCAGAAACUUCCUGCUUUCCAGCAUUUGAACUCUGACCCCUGCUUUCUGGGGAUUUGAACUUUGCCGGCUCAGUGUAAAGGGCGAGAGGAAGCGGGGAGGGCGGCUGGCAAGGAUGGCCGAGAUGCGAAGAGCGCGGGGGAAACGCCCGCCGGCGGCACGGACACAAAAACAAGCCUUCAGCCUAUAACCCGAAACAUGUCUCUGGGUCCAUGAGUUUAGCUCAGAGUCCUCCUUCGCUCUUGUAGAGUUUAGCUCUCACCUCCACAUGCUUCUGCUGGGGCCAGAGUGUCCUUUUUGCUACGCCUCAUUCGUCCUGCGCGUACCGUCUUUGUGUUUGUGAAUUGUCGUUCAGCCGUGUCUGUCGUCUGCCUGUGCAUGGGUAAUGUUUGUGAGGGAAUGUGCCCGAGCGUGGCUAUAGCAUACCAUAAAAACUAGACUGCAUAUAAAGUCACUUUUGUGUUGACGUGUGGUUGUAUUACUUUUUUUUUUUUUUUUUCCGAAUCUGUGCUGAGUGAUUGAAGAGACAACUGAAGAACAGUAGGAGACAUGCCUGUUGUGCAGUAAUCUAAUCUUCCAAGUUCAUUUGUUGCGAAAGAUGUAAAUCUCCGUAUUCUGAGCUCGUCUGCUCUGAAUGAAUGUUGCCGAAGUGUAGUUACCAUAGUAUACUCAUGUGCUAUAUGCCCCUUCGCUAGAUGUUUAUUGUUGCCAGAAAUGAUGGAUAAAAGUGUAUUUGAUCAUGGUGUGUUUCGUGAGAUGUAUUUGUCACAGUGGAGCAAGUCGUGUGGUACAGCAACAUUUUUGGAUGAGAAAUACUGUGUACCUGGUCUAGCAUGUUCUGUAAUCAGUGGGCCUGGUGAAGUAUUUAUAUUGAAAGUACAGUGCUUAUAGUAUAUUGGGGUUUUUUUUUUUUUUUUUUUUUUUCCCCUCUAAUUCAAAGAAAAGUGGAAAAGGACUGGGCUCCAUUGUGUCUGGAAUAAAGAAUCUGAAAUGCUAAUAAAACUCCAGCUGCAGGUUUCUGCAGUGUGUGCAAAAUAUCUGGCAAGAAACAACAUUUGUGGCCGGGCUUUGUGGCCAUGGUGCACGUUUUCCCCGUCGUCUGCGAUGAAUUUAAAUGAUCACUCGCAUGCCAGGCAUCGAGGGCUGCAGAUCCAAAGCAACAGCUCUUUUAACUCGCGCAUUUUCCUGCUCUGUGUUUCAGGUCCACAAGUUAAUAGAAAGUUGGUGUGUUGGCGAACCGUACGCUUCACUUCUUUCGUGUGGAUUUCUCUGCUUUUACAGCCCUCUGUCAUCUUGUUCUAAAUGUUUGAGGACACUGCUUGUUGCUUAUUUCAGACUCAAGUUCCUCCACUUCUUGUCAUCAUAAUCUGCUGGGGUUUGGAUGAAGAUGUUAAAAAUAAAGUGUCAAACGUGGGCUGUUAUGUUGUUUUGUGAAAGUCUUGUGCUUCACUUGACCAUUUGGUCCUGUACUGUAAUUACCCUCAUGUAGUCAUACUUUCUGUAAAUAUUAACACCCACAGCAUAACACAACCCUCUAGGUGUGUAAUUUAAAAUAUCUCCAGCUCUGACAAAAUACAGACUGUUAGAACAUCACAAUUUAUAUUCUACUUGGGCAUUUGUGUAAUGUUGUUCAUUAGUCUAGAUUUAUUUGGAAUUUUUCCCCAGACAUCUCAUUAUGAAAAUUAGUAUUUAAUAUUACUGGUAGCGUUGUGUGUUAGAUUUAUACAUGGGAAGUACAGAUUAGUGAUUUGUGAAGUUUGAGUGUCUUCUCCAGAGCUAUACAAUGACAGACUGUAGUAAUGGAAGAUCUGUUUCCACAAUGAAUCUGCAGUUCCCCUUGUGGUGAACAGUUUUCUUGCAUUACUGCAAAUGCAUUAUCCCACAUAACUGCCUUAACACAGUGGUACACGUUCUUCUGAUAGUGUUUAUGCAGGCUGAACUGAUUGUCGUCUUGUCUAGUGCUACCUGGUCUCCAUGUAAUGCUCCAUACUGUCUCGUGGUAGGUGUGCAGCUCGGUUGUGAUUUAACUGCACUAGAGACGCGAUCUCGAAAUGUUAAAACACCGUAAAAUACGUAGCAGAGCUGCGGAAAGGAAAAGCCCAGCACGUAUUAAGGGCUAAAAUUUCCUCUUCAUGGUUCGAUUUUGAGCAGGAAAAAGAAAGCUGAAAGUAAAUUUUCUCCUACAGCUAUUUAAAAGUAAAAAUGGAAGCUAUCAGUUGUGGUGUUUUAAAAUUAGUAACUGCUGCCAUAUAUUGAGCAGUACUCAUAGAAAGGCUUUAUUACAUUGUACUGGUGGGCAAUAAAAACGCACUGAAUGUGAUGUGGUUAAUGCACUUCUGCAAACUCAUUUUAUGUUGCGUUGGACAAAAGCAUCUGCUAACUUCAUAAAUGUAACUCUAUGGCUGUGAGUGAGUGUUGAGAGCACAUUUUACACUCACAUAAUUAGUCUGUAAAAACCUUUUCCACACUCAUCAAAACAAGCU